AUGGCAGAUGGGGUGCAGGCCAACCCCAAAGUGUUCAGGAAGAAGGUGCUGGUUAGGCACCCCUCUGGGUGGAUGGGCCCAAGUCUCAGGACCUCUUCUCCCUGGAGAACGUCCAGAUCUAGCUUGGGUAUGAAGUUCUUCACCAUGGUCAUCCUGGCCGGCAGCGUCCUGCCCGAGGCCUGCAGCAGCCUGCUUAACCUGAAGUCCAUGGUGGAAGCCAUCACGGGGAGGAGCGCCAUCCUGUCCUUCGUGGGUUACGGCUGCUACUGUGGGCUGGGAGGGCACGGGCUGCCCAUGGACGAGGUGGACUGGUGCUGCCACGCCCAUGAUUGCUGUUACCAGAAGCUCUUUGACCUGGGCUGUCACCCCUAUGUGGACCACUAUGAACACGCCAUCGAGAAUAAUACUUCGGUCGUCUGCAGUGAGCUCAACGAGACGGAGUGUGAUAAGCAGACAUGCGAAUGUGACAAGAGCGUGGUUCUGUGUCUCCGGAACCAGACGUACAACGAGAAGCAUCGAAACUAUCUCAACAUCUACUGUCAGGGUCCCAUGCCCAACUGCAGCAUCUAUGAGCCCCCCCCGGGGGAGGUGGCCCGCAGACACUUCUCCCCCGCUCCCCCUACACCUCCCUAG